CUUUUACGUUCAUUCAUUUUCAUUCAUCAUCAUCUACUCACUCCUCUUCCUCGUUUUCAGUUUCACAAACAUAUACACAUCUCAGAGUUGUUAAGGAAUUAAGCCAUUAUGAUGUUAGCAAUGGAAGAAGUACUGUGUGAACUUAGUGAUCAUGAAAAGAAAAACGACCAAGGUCUUCCACCUGGUUUCAGGUUUCACCCUACCGAUGAAGAACUCAUUACCUUUUAUCUAGCUUCCAAAGUUUUCAAAAACACUUUUUUCAAUAAUGUCAAGUUUGCUGAAGUUGACCUCAACAGAUGUGAGCCAUGGGAACUUCCAGAUAUGGCAAAGAUGGGAGAAAGAGAGUGGUAUUUGUUCAGUUUGCGAGACAGAAAAUACCCGACUGGUCUUAGAACAAAUAGAGCAACUGGAGCUGGUUACUGGAAAGCCACUGGAAAGGACAAAGAAGUUUACAGUAACAACAGCACUAGGGCUUUACUUGGCAUGAAGAAGACUCUUGUUUUCUACAAAGGAAGGGCCCCUCGUGGUGAAAAGACCAAAUGGGUCAUGCAUGAGUAUCGCUUACACACUCAUCUUUCACCUUCAACUUGCAAGGAAGAGUGGGUGAUAUGCAGGAUAUUUCAUAAAUCGGUGGAAAAAAGAAGUUCACUAUUACUACAAGUUCAAGGACAUUUAGGUGUUCAUAAUAAUUCUAAUUUAACCCCCCCAAAAAGCUGUCUACCCCCUCCUCUUCCUCCACCUUCAUUUACACACUCUCAUAAUAAUUUUCCAUUACAUGCAUUUCAACCUUCAUUCCAAGUUACAGACACCAGAAACAACAAUAAUCCAUCUUUGGAACUACUCUUCAAGUCACAAACCAUUCCAAAAACCGAGGCUAUGUUCUAUGAACAAUACCAGCCACAAUCCAUAGAGGAAGCUAUUAACCUGAGAUGGAAUAUUGACAACAAUAAUAGUAAUGAUUUUCAAAACCUAUCAUUACCUGUUGAGAUGGAUGCUGAACUGAUUGCAUUCUCAGGAGCUGCUGCUACAGAUGAUGAAUUUACGUCAACACCCUUUAUUAACAGUAGAGGAAUAGUAGCCUUAGAUGCUCCUAUGGGAAUUGAUUCUUGGCCACAGGCUCAGCUUGUUUAAACUAGCUACAUACAUGUAUUAUGUAUUUGUACACGUACAUGUACAUGUACUACGUACUAUGUAGUGUACUUCUGUAUACAGACAUAGGGUAACUACUACGUACUAACUCUACAUGUGUAGAAUAAAUAAUUGUGUACUGUGCCUAUGUCAAGCUAGAGCUAGAUAGAUGAUCUUGUAAUAGUGGAUGAGUAUUGAUUUGUAGUAAUAACUUUAUGUGGCUAUGAAUAUGAAUGUUGGACUUCAUAUGGGGCUUAAUUUGAUUUGAAUGUUUUUGUUA